GCGGAGCGGAAGAGGAUGCUGACGCUGGAAUAAACAUGGCGCCUUGGGGCUUCGGGGCUGUGGUGGAGCUGUUGCUGCUACUUCUCUGCGCCGUCCCGGCCGGCGCCCGUGUCCAUCACCUCACCCUCAAAGAUGAUGUGAGGCAGAAGGUGCACCUGAAUACCUUUGGCUUCUUCAAGAAUGGUUUCAUGACAGUCAAUGUCAGCAACCUUUCACUGAAGCCACCUGUGAGCCCUGAUGACAAGAGCAGCUUAUCGGUGGGGUUCAGCUUGGAUCGAACAAGGAAUGAUGGGUUCUCUACUUAUUUGGAUGAAGAAGUGGAUUACUGUAUCUUGAAAAAGAAACCAGAACAAGAUGUCUCUGUUGUAAUCUUACUUCUGGACUUGGAAACGGAAGUGGUGAAGGUACGGUUCUCUGCAGGAGCUUCUUCUUUACCUAAAAUUUCCUUCAUAUCUGAGGGAAAUGGCACUGCCUUAAGUACCACAGCACUGAAAACGUCUGAGCAAAGCAGUGAUUCUGAUAAAAAUCCUGCAAAGAUGGACCCAAGUACAGACAGUGAAGGUAAGAAGUCCAAACGAAGUACAACAUCCUCCCAGAGCAUAGUAGAACAAGAACAUCAUGUUCACAGUGAAAGAGGAACUUUUUCAUUUCAGUUUUAUUUUAACAUCAGCUCUGAUAACCAAGAAGGUCUCUACAGCCUGUAUUUCCAUAAAUGUGUUGGCAAGGAUGGGCCAGCUAAUGACAAGCAGCUAUUUAGUCUUGACAUAGAAAUUACGGAAAAGAAUCCUCAGAGCUACCUCUCAGCUGGUGAGAUCCCCCUGCCAAAACUUUACAUUUCCAUGGCGAUCUUCUUUUUCCUGUCUGGGACUGUAUGGAUCCACAUACUUCGUAAACGCAGGAAUGAUGUCUUUAAGAUUCACUGGCUAAUGGCAGCCCUUCCUUUCACCAAGUCUCUGUCCUUGGUCUUCCAUGCAAUCGACUAUCACUACAUUUCUUCUCAGGGAUUUCCUAUUGAAGGCUGGGCUGUUGUUUAUUACAUCACUCACCUACUGAAAGGUGCUCUUCUGUUCAUCACUAUUGCCCUUAUUGGCACAGGAUGGGCUUUCAUUAAACACAUCUUGUCAGACAAGGACAAAAAAAUUUUCAUGAUUGUCAUCCCGCUUCAGGUACUGGCAAAUGUGGCAUACAUUAUCAUAGAAUCAACAGAAGAAGGGACAACUGAAUAUGGACUGUGGAAAGAAAUUCUCUUCCUGGUAGACUUGCUAUGUUGUGGAGCCAUCCUAUUUCCAGUGGUGUGGUCAAUAAGACAUUUACAGGAGGCUUCGGCAACAGAUGGGAAAGCUGCCAUUAACCUAGCAAAACUGAAGCUCUUCAGACAUUACUAUGUUAUGAUUGUGUGUUACAUUUACUUCACAAGGAUCAUAGCAAUUUUCAUAAAGAUUGCUGUUCCAUUCCAGUGGAAAUGGCUGUACCAGCUGCUGGAUGAGAUGGCUACACUUGUGUUCUUUGUCCUCACUGGGUACAAGUUCCGUCCGGCAUCAGACAACCCCUACCUACAGCUUUCUCAAGACGAUGAGGAUGACUUGGAUAUGGAAGCUGUGGUGACGACUUCUGGAGUAAUGGAGGGCAUGAAGAAGGUCAAGAAAGUGGUGAAUGGUUCGGCAGAGCCACGUGGCGACUGGGAAAGCACGGCAUGACAGACUGGACUGAGGCAGCACUUUCAGAGAAACUUUUUUAAUUUAUUAAUAUUACUCUCAGUGGAAAGGGAGCAACUGGCACUUCCCAACACUGAAACCGCGGCGUGGGGUGUGUCUAAGGGGAGCAAAGCAGUGCAGAAAUACUAUUCCUCUCACCAUAAGAAAAUGGGAUCUCUUGGUACCUGCAAAGAGUGUGCUUUCCUAGGGAUUUUGGGUAGCUUAUUCUUUUUCCCCCCUCUUUCUGGAUCGAUUUGGUAUUCUGAAUUGUUUGCAGUUGCAUUCUUCAGAAUGUGGAAUACUAAUAUGGAGAGAGACCUGUAGUGUGUAUCUAAAGUAUAUAUUUUACAUAAUGCUCAUAUAUAUCUCUGUACACACUUGCUGUGUAACAUGUAUACUGGGAAUUACACAGUGUCAGAAGGUGAGAAAAGAAGAUAAGAGAUGUAAGUAUUUAUUCUGUUUUUCUUUUUUAUAAACACUUCUUUUGGCUUUUUGGACAAAACAAUGCAAAACAAAGGAAUAGAAACAAUUGCAGUUAUUUGAGAGACUAAAUGGGGCAUUGGAUCAGACGAGUUCUGCCACUGCUCACAUCAGUGGGAAGGCUGAUAAGUAUCUUCUUGUCUUUAUCAAUGCAGGUAUCCACUUGAAUAUGUCAGGGUUUCAAAUGUAUUGUUAUACAGGGAGCGAGUAACUGCUCUCCACUAAAAGCACCAGCCUGUAGUGCAAUCCAGCACUAAGGUAAAUUCUCCAAUGUUGAUGGAGUUGCUCUUGAUUCACACCCACCUGACAAGAAAUACACAAGAGGUGUAAGACUGAUGCUUGCUUUCUUAGAAGUCUGCCAUGCUAUCUUAAAACAUUUAAUUUCAAGCUGUGACCCAGAGCACUUUGAUCUGCUCUAUAGGAUAUUUUUAAGGUAUUUUAAAAGACACUCCUUUCUGGCACAGUGCAAACAGUACUAGAAUCUCCAGUGGAAGUCUGUCUAGCAAGCAUAAUGCAGCAUAAGUCUCUGGUUCACCGUUAUCCUGAGUUCCUUAGCCUCUCUGGCUGGCUACUUGUACCUCUCUGGCUGUGUAGGUUUAAUGAUAUUGCUGUUUCAGGUGAGCUGAACUUGUCAGAAUGGUAUUGCUGCCAGAACCAGACACCUGCAGCUCCCACUCCUAAGUGUUUUUUGUCAGGAAAGGAAAAGAUUGUGACCAGAACCUCAGUGCAGGGGAGUACGGAGGUCUCUACUAUUACCUGCAGACUUGGAGUGGAGUCUUUUACAGACGUGUUACAAAUUCCACGUGUGUUUUAUCUGUAGUGCUCUGGUAUUGUUAGUAAGGGAAGCUGGUGCCCAUAGCUGUAAUAGGAAGGUGUAGCAGAUAAUUGUUAAUCUUGAGGGAGAUGGAAGUGAUUCAUUGAUAUGUGAGGGUAAGCUUUUAAGGAAAAAUAAAUCAAAUUUAACUCGCUGACCCACCGAAGCCUUAAUAUUCAUGUAGAGACAUUGACAUAUGGUGCUGUUGAGCAAAGUGCGUCUAUCAGGGUGGCAGGGAUAGGCAUCAGCACAGAGCUGCGGGUGUGCCGCAGCUUUUACGAACUCGCUUGGGAAUAGCUUUUUGACUGAAGACACUACAUCUCUGGAGCACAACUGGUUAGAGGACUGUUAGCCACUAGGGUUUUUAUCCUUUAAGAAGGGGGGCUUUCUUUGCGACCUCGAACCACUUCUUUCUUAGCCUUGAAGAGGGUUUGUAGAGCUCUUAAGUGAGCAGUCUGUACCAAGAUUUGCUGUUUGAUGAGCAACAUAGUUUUCUCCAGUUGCUACUUCUCUUUGCAGGUGUUGGUUCCUGCUUUGAUAUCUGGAACUGUUUUUAGUUCAGAUAAAAGCAUGAGACUAGCCCUCUUCUGUAGGUACAGAGUACUCUUCUGUGUUUUCCUCAUCAGUUAUAAUGCAUAGUGUUCGCAGCAGUGACAGUUUGACUUCUGUCAUUGUCAAUGGCACAGUUUUAGUUCAGAGAGCCUGCACCACUAGCAAGGCUGUUGGGCAACCAAUGAGCCUUUUAGACCUUCUGUAUGAAGAAAUCUUCUGCAUACGAAGUAGUUGAGGUGUGAGAAGUUGGGCUAUAAGCAAACAUAGGCAAUCCCAGCUCAUUGUACCCUUAAAUACAAUACCUGAAAAACUCAUUCUCUCUCCACACAGUCUUGUGUGGAAGUGUCACUGUCUGCAUCCCAAGGGCCACUCAAACAGGCUACAAACUUUGUUUGGAGUAGUUACCCUGGAGACUUGAGGUCUGUAAGGGAUGAGGAUUUGCUGUCAGGAACAGAAGUGCAGCAUCCCUGGUAAACUGGACACUGUGCUGGAGUAGGACCUGUUAAUGCAUUUUGCAAAGUAGAUGUGAAAUUCGGAUGGCUUUGGCAUUUCACCCAAACCCAUGAGGGGCUGUGCCGGGAUCCCAGCACAUGCUGAGCUUGUUUCAAACAGCUACUGACUUCAUACCUCAGCAUCCAUGGAGCUGCUGAUUUGGCUAGUGCUUUUACCUUAGUCUUGGGUUUCUUUUCUUCUUGUGUACUUUUUUGCUAAGGUUGUGUACGGUGUGGGUUUAUCUGCCAAGUCCCUGGCUCAGUUGUCAAAAUCCAAAAAAAGGCUGAUUUUUUUUAUUUUUUUUUUUUUUGGUCUUGGAAUGAAAAGCCAUGGCAGUACUCAGUAUUUUUGGAAGAGUCUUUUUCCAAGUUCAGACCUGAGCUCAGCAGUCUGCUUUACAACAGACUUCAGCUCGCACUUAAUGCAGGAUGUUAACCAGCAGUACAGCACUAACAAAUCAGACCUUAGCACUAGUAAACAAACCGAAUGUGGAUGUACAAGUCAAACACAGAGUGAUAGAAGGUCAUUACUGCAGCCAUUUCCAAAGUAAAUUUCCACUUUCUCUGGAUUUCCUUGGAGCAGGUCAAAAAAAUCUGUCUUGUAAGUUUUUAUGAUGGAUUGGACAGUGGCUGGGGUGUCGGAGGAUGGAGAGAGUGGCUGCCGUUGUGCUUCUCGUGCAGCACAGUGUGUGCUGCACAGCAGAGCAUCGAAGAGAGGGCUGCUCCCUCCCCUUCCUCCCAGGGCAAACCUGCAUCUGCAUGACUGGCAAGUGCCCGAUACUAUAUUGCUAGGAAAAAGCAGCAGCUUGGAGCUCACCAGGCAGGAUAAUCACAGUGCUUGCCUUUCAAAUGCUGAAGGCUGUAUAUCUGGUAGGAAGCUGCCCCUUCACAGGGAGGGAAAAUAGAAGAGUUGCUUAUGGCUUACAGAUCAUUUUGGGAUGCAGCCUUACUUUCGUGUCUCUGCCUUGUACUGAAGUGAGCACCAAUUGUUAUGUGAGCAGACAGCUAUGUCCUGAUGGAGUCCUGGAAAUGCAAACCUGGUGUAAUUCCCAGUAAAUGGUUUUGAAUGCAUGCAUGUAUGUUGCUGCAGUGGAGUGAUCGGCACUCUCUGCAGACAAGAAUGAGAUUGGUUCAGCUUUCAGUUGUAAUGCAGGUUUCGCCCCAAUAAAUCCCUAUUGAUGAUGACACACAAAUGCCACGGAUGCACUCCUUCUUCCUGCUGUAACUGUUCAGCAAGCUGUCUUCCAAAGGAAACCUUGCCGACAACUGCCAGACUCUUGCUUUCUCCAGGCCUGAAAAUGUUUUCCUUGAUGCUUCAUCAAGACACGUACUAAAAGAUAGCAAGACAUAAUGGGGUCAUCUGGAACGUUGCUGCUGCUUGCUCAGGCUGUAGCAGUUUGAGUUGAAGAAGCCACAUGCUGUCCUAUUAAGAUGCUCUUUCAUGUUGUCAUCUUGCUCAGCGUGUCAUGAUCUGUGCAGUGCAUUGUUCGGUGUUUCUCUCCAGCCGAGUGCCCUGUUCCUGGAUUUCCAUGCUGGCAUACCCUGGGAACAUGUUGUAAAAAUUUGCUGCAUUGCAGUAUUUUGUCUUGGAGCUAGGAAUGUGGACGAUAUAUUUCAGUUAAGUGGACUCUUUGAGCAUGAGUGUGCAUCCACCACGUACCCUUAAGCACUGUAACAUUCCUUGUGGCCGUGAAAGGGCACAUUCUAAUCACUCCAGUGUGUGUAUUCAUGAAAGUCCAGUGGGAGAUUUUUAGGAUGUUAUAUCUUCUUUCUAGUGUGCUCCCUUCGGAGAAGAGAAAUGCAGUCUGACUGGUGACAAUCAAAUUGACAAGAAAGGGAGGGGCGUUUGUUUUUUCUUUGAAUGUUGCCUGGCUGCAUUUGAUGCAAAUAUUGGGUGUUUGUAUGUUCUAUUGAGCUCUGAAAACUGAAGUGGCCUAGCUAUUAAAAAAAAGAAUUGAGUAGUAGCAUGGGUAUAGAAGGGAAGGAAAUCCUUCCUCCUUUACUCUGCCUGGUUUGUCUCUGUCAGUCUGACCUGUCGUGGUAGGUAAUGAACUGCUGUUACUUUAAAGCGAAUGUUUUAUUGGUUCUGUAUCAUGACCUCCACUUCAAUCAUAGUUUAUUUCCCCAUCUUUCACCUUUGUAACAAGAGCACAGACCUGUGGCCUGCAGCAGAGGGAAAGUGCAGUGAUGUUUGAAACAUGGUGGGAUGGACGGACGGACAAGGUCAUAGGUUUCAGGCAGUGUAACUUCAGUAACCUGAAUGUUUCAUGAAAACUGAGGCAGUGCUGCCCAGAGGCACUUGACCAAUGUUUCUUUGUGUUCCCUAGGGCUGAUUUGCUGGAAAACGUUGUUCUAAAUUGGAUUAAUCUGGCUUUUCUUGUAGCCGCUGGGUAUGGUGCUGUAUUGGGCUUAUUAAUCACUUUUACUUAGCAAUACUGGGAAGCUGCGUAUUUUCCCCUCUUGUAGUUUCUUGCUUGGCUGUAGCAAUGAUCCUGUAAGAACUCUGCGUGAUGCGAACUUGCAAGUGGCCAGAACAGGAUUUAAGAAAAACACUGAGAUACUUAUUUGUGAAGUGACAGUACCAGAAGUACGUGGCUGGGCAGAGUCACUCCUUGUGGGACGACUGGCUCAAGAACCCAUUUCUGUUCUGACUGCAGCAAUCGUUUAGAAAGGAUAGGUCUUAAUAAAUAUUUCCCUGUGGGAUUUUACUCGGCGUUUUUUUCUCUAUGUAAUGAAGUGGAGCCCAACCUCCACAUUAUCCGAAGCACUUAGUCUUGUAGCUAGGAUACCGAGGUGCUGGGUUGGUACCUGUUCUGUCAAAACAGAGUAUGGGUCAAAAUAGCUUCCCUUUCACUUUAGUAACUUAAUAUUUAAUACUAGAUCCUCUUGUGUUAUUAAGCAGCUUUAGGGCAUCUUGUACAGUGUAGCUUUGAAUUCAUUUAGUAAAUGACCUCCAAAAGAAGUCAAAAAGACUUCACUGUGUACAGCAAGGUCCAGUUCCAGGGGUUUUGGUGACCUGUAAAUAUCCUGUUCCUCAGUUCAUGUUCAGAUGUACAAAUGGGUUUUUUUCAGUAUUUUUUUAAGCUUUAAUAAAAGAACAACCAGUAUUUGAAGAGAAGCAAGGUAGAUACAAAUCAAGAUGGUCUGUGUAACUUGGUUUCCCUGCUGUGAUGCAAACGUGUAAAAUAAAAAUUGACCGGAAAGAAGUUGAAUGCAUCUCAUUUUCUGCUUCUGAACUCCUAGCAACCAAGCUGACCUGUUGCUUUAGAAGUCUGCGUUUCCCCAUCCCUGCCUUCCAUUUGCAACCGUUAACAUCUGCAUUGUCGGUACAGAGUCAAAGCAUGAAAAACUUGUGCAGGAAAAGCUAGGGGAAAAGCUCUGUUGUCAUUGGCCUGCAGUGGGGUUCACUGAGGUGCCUUUCCUGGAGCUGAAAGAUCUUCAGAUCCUACAGCUGUGCUUGUGUGCGCUUCCAUCCUUGUGUCAAUGGUGUCAGCUUGCCGCGCAGGGGAAGACAAGGAGCCUGGUGCUUUGAACCUGGGUGACCAGAAACAAAUUGAGGGUAGAAACCUUCAUCUUCAGUAAUAUCCUCAGUGGAUCAGACUGCGUUAUCUCAAAAGGGCAUGUCCUUGGUUUGUUUUAGGCAGGGCUGAAGGUUAUUUGAGACUUUUGUACUUCUCUUCCUGAGAUGGUUGGGAUCUAGCCAUGCUUUUGGUUGGCAGGGAUGAGGAGGGCAAAAUAUUUCUGUAAAGUGCUCUUCCUGAUAAUCCCCUGCAUCUAAAAAGCAUGUGUCCUUUAUCACAGAAUGUAGUUCUUCAAGAUGUUCUCAUCCUGCCACUGAGGGGUAAUGCCAAAAAUAGCCUCUGUUCUCUACCCUGCAAAUCCUAAAUUCUGCAUUGCCUGAAGCCUUUGGGUGGGUGUUGUUUUACCAGGGAACUAAACUAUAAACAGGAUGUGGGUUUAGGGCUUAUGAAUACCCUGUGGCAGAGUAAAACAGAUGCCAUGCGAUGAGGGUGGUGAUGGGUGAAGGCUGCUGGGAUGGCUUGUAUCUAUUUCAUCCAGGUAGUUGUCGGAUGGUCAGUUUUCCCAAAUGGAACAUAUUCUGCUUUUUCUCUCAGUUGUAUGUUUGGCCUUAAAACAUCACCCUUUAAAGUGACAGCAGCCAAACUCAUCCCUGCUCAAAAGUGUGCGGCGCUCCAGUGGAGUUGACUGCACUGGGCCAAGAAAUCGUUCACCUGUAACGAAAAGCAAAAUGUGAGAGGUGUAGUGUGGAAAGUGGGAUAAAUUAUGGGAAAACUCAUUUGAGAUUCAGGCUAAAUGUAGGUAAUGUGGGAAAAGGGUCUUGAUUUCUGACUAUCCUCUCAAAGGAGAGAGAGAAAAAGAAAAAGCCCCUGUUUGCAACAGAGCCCCUGGUGUAGAAGGUCUACUGCAAGCAGGGAUUGUCUGGUUGACUUACUUAGGGGGGAGGAUAAACAAAACCAGAGCCCUAAUGCAGCUUUCCUCAAUGUUCUGUGCUUGGAUGCGAGUUUGUAGGUCCAGAGGAGGUAAAUUAUUUUACUGUAAGGAUUUUCUUCUACUGUCUGAAAUUCUGAGUUGUCUUGAUCACUUGCUGCUCCUUGUUGCAGCCUGAGCUGCCUGCUGUCAGUGCUCGUGCUAGAGCAAGAUUAUUUUCAUGACUGCAAAGAGCUGCCUUCUCUUUAAAUCUUGUUUCUGCCUUCCUUUGCCUUGUGACUGACAGACUGUAAUGAGCAGGAGCGUGUUGUAGUGCCCUGGAUAGUGAAUGGUCAAUAAAACCAAAUUGCUUUGUACAGAAGAGGUAAUAACACAACUUGUAUUGGCACAGCUGAUCCUGAUAGUGGGAUCCUCAGUCAGGAGACAAGGGCUUUCAUGUGUCUUAAGCAAUAAAAAAUGCAUGUCAUUCCUCUUUUCUCUCCCCUUUUAUCCAUGGAAAAUAAUGUAACUUGGGGCGACUCUGCUUUCUUCUGACUCUUUUCUACUGUGGAAUAUUUUUAGUGGGGUGGCUGAGAUAUAAUGCGUGAGAUAGCUUAGGUUUAUGGAUGGACUCGAUGAUCUUAAAGGUCUUUUCCAACCUAAAUGUUUCUCCUUUUACUGCUCCCUCUUGGGAUGAUUGUGCUGAGCUUGGCAAGAGACUUCCAGCAUCCUUAAUGAGAGGAGCCGUUAACGACAUGGAUUUGCUGUGGCAAGGGUAAAUAUAUUAAUAAGGGGGUUUUGUCCCUGAGGACGCUGCCCUGAGCUGAUAUUCUGCGGUCCUGAGUCAGUUUUGUAGGGUGGCACAAUGUCCCGUUGGCAGCCUGUCACCCUACGGAUGUGUCUGUGCCCAUCGCUCACUGCGGGGUGUGCAGGAGCGAUUGUUAGUGCCUCACUCGGCUCCUCCGUGGCUGGAAAUGCCUCUUGGGCUGAGCUGCUCAGGAUACUUAGUUUUGUAGGAGCUCGAUAAAGUCGUAAGAAAUCCCCACACCCAGCAGGGUGUGAAGGUGUUGAUCUGCAUCCCCUGGGAGAAGCCAAACUUGUUGGUUUUGGGGUGGAUCUGGUACUAGAAGGCAGUAGCCAAAUUGGAGGGGCUACAAAGAGCAGCUGCAGUGAUUGAGUGGAGAGAAUUGGGCAAUGACAGCAGAUUACAAGAAUUAAAGCUGUAAGCCUGACUAAGUGAUGAUUAAAGAGAGCCAGGAAGAUGUGGGACGCUACAAAAUGGCUGCAUAGAGGGGGGGGGAA